AGCCCCUGGAAACCCUAAUCUGCUUGGUCCCUAUGAAUUUGCUAUUCUAGACAUUCCAUGUUUGUGGAAUCUGAUGGUAAAUAUUUGCCCUUUGUGUCUGGCUUAUUGGACUCAUUUUCAAGUCUCCUUCAUGUUGUACAUAUAUCAGAACAUCAUUCCAUUUUAUGGCCAAAUAAUAUUCCAUUGUUUGACAGAUGAAAAAGUGAAGGCCUAUCUUUCUCUUCACCCCCAGGUAUUAGAUGAAUUUGUGUCUGAAAGUGUUAGUGUGGAGACGGUAGAAAAAUGGCUGAAGAGGAAGAACAACAAGCUGGAAGAUGAGUCUACCCCCAAGGAAGUCAGCAGGUACCAAGAUACGAACAUGCAGGGAGUUGUGUAUGAACUGAACAGCUACAUAGAACAGCGACUGGACACAGGUGGAGACAACCAGCUGCUGCUGUAUGAACUGAGUAGCAUCAUUAAAAUAGCCACGAAAGCAGACGGAUUUGCACUGUAUUUCCUUGGAGAGUGCAAUAAUAGCCUGUGCGUGUUCACUCCCCCUGGAAUCAAGGAAGGAAAGCCCCGGCUCAUCCCUGCAGGCCCCAUUGCACAGGGCACUACCACCUCUGCCUACGUGGCCAAGUCUAGGAAGACUCUGCUUGUGGAAGACAUCCUCGGGGAUGAACGAUUUCCAAGAGGCACUGGGCUGGAAUCAGGGACACGGAUCCAGUCUGUCCUCUGUGUGCCCAUCGUCACUGCGAUCGGCGACCUGGUGGGCAUCCUUGAGCUGUACCGGCACUGGGGCAAGGAAGCCUUCUGCCUGCGCCAUCAAGAGGUGGCAACAGCAAAUCUUGCCUGGGCUUCAGUCGCAAUUCAUCAGGUGCAGGUAUGCAGAGGCCUUGCCAAACAGACUGAACUGAAUGACUUUCUACUCGACGUAUCAAAAACAUACUUUGAUAACAUAGUCGCAAUAGAUUCUCUACUUGAACACAUAAUGAUAUAUGCAAAAAACCUGGUGAAUGCAGAUCGCUGUGCACUCUUCCAGGUGGACCAUAAGAACAAGGAGUUGUAUUCAGACCUUUUUGAUAUUGGAGAGGAAAAGGAAGGAAAACCUAUCUUCAAGAAGACCAAAGAAAUCAGAUUUUCCAUUGAGAAAGGAAUUGCUGGCCAAGUAGCAAGAACAGGGGAGGUACUGAACAUUCCAGAUGCCUACGCAGACCCACGCUUUAACAGGGAAGUGGACCUAUACACGGGCUACACCACCCGGAACAUCCUGUGCAUGCCCAUCGUGAGCCGGGGCAGCGUGAUCGGCGUGGUACAAAUGGUCAACAAGAUCAGCGGCAGUGCCUUCUCCAAGACAGAUGAGAACAACUUCAAGAUGUUCGCAGUCUUCUGUGCGCUGGCCUUGCACUGCGCCAAUAUGUACCACAGGAUUCGGCACUCAGAGUGCAUCUACCGGGUGACCAUGGAGAAGCUGUCCUACCACAGCAUCUGCACGGCCGAGGAGUGGCAGGGCCUCAUGCGCUUCAGCCUGCCCGGGCGCCUCUGCAAGGAGAUCGAGCUAUUCCACUUUGACAUUGGUCCUUUCGAAAACAUGUGGCCUGGGAUUUUUGUCUAUAUGAUUCAUCGUUCCUGUGGGACAUCCUGCUUUGAGCUUGAAAAGUUGUGUCGUUUUAUCAUGUCCGUGAAGAAGAACUACCGGCGGGUCCCAUACCACAACUGGAAGCACGCGGUGACCGUGGCGCACUGCAUGUACGCCAUCCUGCAGAACAACCGCGGGCUCUUCACUGACCUGGAGCGCAAAGGGCUGCUGAUCGCGUGUCUGUGUCACGACCUGGACCACAGGGGCUUCAGUAACAGCUACCUGCAGAAGUUCGACCACCCACUGGCCGCCCUCUAUAGCACGUCCACCAUGGAGCAGCAUCACUUCUCCCAGACCGUGUCCAUCCUGCAGUUGGAAGGGCACAAUAUCUUCUCCACCCUGAGCUCCAGUGAGUACGAGCAGGUGCUUGAGAUCAUCCGCAAAGCCAUCAUCGCCACAGACCUUGCCCUCUACUUUGGGAACAGGAAGCAGUUGGAGGAGAUGUACCAGACAGGAUCGCUGAACCUCAACAACCAGUCACAUAGGGACCGUGUCAUUGGCUUGAUGAUGACUGCCUGUGACCUCUGCUCCGUGACAAAGCUGUGGCCAGUUACAAGACUGACGGCAAAUGACAUCUAUGCAGAAUUCUGGGCUGAGGGUGACGAGAUGAAGAAGCUGGGGAUACAGCCCAUUCCUAUGAUGGACCGGGACAAACGGGAUGAGGUCCCACAAGGCCAGCUUGGAUUCUACAACGCGGUGGCCAUCCCCUGCUACACCACCCUCACCCAGAUCUUCCCGCCCACAGAGCCACUCCUCAAAGCCUGCAGGAAUAACCUCAACCAGUGGGAGAAGGUAAUCCAAGGGGAGGAGAGUGCAAUGUGGUUCUCAUCCCAGCCGGUGGCCCCAGGGACCUCAGAGAAGCUGCCUGUGAAGAUUGACGACUGAUGGCCCUGGUGAGCUGUCCCACCUGCAGACGCUCGUCUUGCUUCUUUGACUUUUCUUCCUUUUAUUUUCAUGGGGGAACCUAUACCUGGUGACGGGAUGCCAGCCUCUCCCAGAAGGUACCAUCAAGUAGAGCCAUCCCACAGAUGACUGCCUGCCCGGCUCAUCGGUAAUGCAUCACAGACAGUGGCCUUCCAGGAUGCAGGGCCAGAACCCGCUGUUCAAGGCUCCACUGGCCUGCAAGCCGGCCUUGUCCUACAGGCUUAUGUUGCUGAGGCCUCACUGGAAUGACAGACACUGUUCACAGGGGGUACUUUCCAUUGUCUUUCUAGUGAGGGUUUGAAAUGGUACUAUUUAUGAUAUUAUACUUUGGCUUUAACACCAGUGUUGCUUUGAUGUUGUUGGUUAUAAAUAGGAAUUUUUACACAUUACAAUUGUGAAUGUCUGUGUGUGACCUACUUGUAAUUAGCGUGACUUGUAGCAGGCAGCCGCAGGCCAAUGUCACUGAGGGUACAGUGAGGAAGUGUCUUUCUGCAGUUAGUAGUGGAGAUGGGUUCUGGUCUCAGCCUCAUGAAUCAGAAGCCAGGGGUCUAAGUGUGCUCCCUUCAUGUGUGCCAAGGGCUUAGGUGAGUAACCUUAACACUGAAGGAAGGAAGUAGACUUUCUGUCCCUGAGAAGAGUAGUGUCAUGAUAAGUCUCAGAAGUCCCAGAUUCAGCUCAGAAGAUGUCAGAGAAUAUUAACAAAAAUUUUCAUGUCAGUCUUGGCAAAAUCACUAACCAUUUUGCAUAAAGAACAAAAUGAAAACAAGGCAUAAAAAAUAUUUUUAAUAGGCAAGUGUUAUGGGUGUAAAAUACAAAUUUUGAAUAAUGAUUUCUUUAUAUUUUCACUUUGUGUCAUUGCAAAUUUUAGAUUCACAUUCCAAAUGAAAGGUUUAUUCUACAAAUUAUUUCAUUACCAUUUAUUUCUCCUAAAAUCAAAUUAAACCAUAAACUUGAAGUCUUCUGUAAGUUUUCUUUCACCUGCUGCUCCAUCUCCCAUGUACCCCUUCUUCCUGCUACCCAGUCCUGCAUGAGCUGCGUGUCCACGACAGGGAAGGAGAGGAACCCACAGCAGUGGACCGGAGCUGAUUUCUGUCUACUCUGCUCACCAUGCACUGUCUACAUGGAGACUGUGGUUUGGGGAGUUUCUUCUGUAUAUUUAUGGUGAACUAGUGUUACUCCACGAUGUAAAUGUUUUGAGAGAAUAUACUAAGAUAAUAGUCUGUACCCCUUCCUAUGAGGAUAAGCCAGGAGUAUAAUUCUAGGGCACAUUAAUGCUGUAAUGGUUUUUAGCACAAUGACACAGUAACAUUGAACCUGUAACCUGUGGUUAGUUCUGACAUGGAGGAAUUAGCUAGAGGCUCACAAUGUGACAGGCUGGUCCGUAGCAAAUUGCUAAUCCACUAUUCAUGUGGCAGUAAGUUGGAAUAGUACUUUUAAUAAAAUGAAUUUUUAAAAUAUUCUUCUACAUCCUCAAUACUGUACACAUUGUUGUUCAUAUGAGCUUGGUUUUUCAAAAAAUAAAUCAAUUGUUUCUACAACAUGGUUUAUUUACAUUGUAGCGAAGAGAGCUAUACGUAAACAUUGUUCUUAUUUUAAAAUUAACACUAUGUGUUCAACUUCCUUCUGGGCUUCUGAAAGUUGCCACUUUACCUCCAUAGGGCCCCUUUGCUAUUGUAAUUAUACAAUAGGAAAUAAAAUGAAACAGCCAGAGAGAGAAAAAUGCCACUCUGGCUAGAUAUACACAUGUAUGUAACUGUACACACAUGUAUGCAUGUAGGUAUACAUAUGUAUGAGCGAGAGAAGCAGACCCAUCUAUGAAAAAUAAAAAUUAGCCGCAUUCUUCAAAAACAGUGAA